AUGUCGUCGGAAAAGGAGCUCGGCAAGGUCGCUCUUGACUCCUGGGAAACCAAUGCGAGCUUCUGGGACGAUUCGAUUGGAAAAGAUGGCAAUAUCUACUGGCAGAAGCUGCAAGAACCAUCCCUUCGCCGGUUGUUAGGCGAUCAUCUUAAACAACAGCCCGGGCAGGAGCAAUGCCGUGCACUUGACCUCGCGACAGGAAACGGAAUUUGUGCUCGAUGGUUGGCCAAGCAUGGUGCUAAGGUGACGGCGACUGACGGAAGCGAGAACAUGCUCAAGAUAGCCAGGGAUCAGACUGAAAAAGAAACUGCGAAUGUCGUGUUCAGCAAGUUGAAUGUCACUCAGAAAGAGGACUUUGACGCCUUGAUAGCUGCCGUUGACGAGGACAAGUUCGACAUUAUCCUCAUGAACAUGGCCAUCAUGGACGUUUCCACGCUUGAGCCACUGGUCCAGGCACUUCCACAACUCUUGAAGCCCAAUGGAGUCUUCGUUGCAACCGUUCUUCACCCCGUUUUCAUUACCUCCGGAGCAUCCCGCAAUGUCGAUCUCCGGUACGUCGGGGGUGGCCUCGAAGUUGUCAGAACCAGGGUCGUCAAAGACUACCUCCACAUUCCACCUUAUAAGGGGAUUGCCAUUCCUGGACAACCGGCGCGACAGGUCUAUUUUCACCGUCCAAUGGAUGAGCUCUUCACCACCUUCUUCCGAGCCGGGCUUGUCAUGGAUGCCAUGGAAGAGCCGGCGUUCUCGGCAGAGGACGAGGAUAAGGACAGGGUCGAGUCAAGCCGGAACUACACGCAACUACCCGCGAUUGUCAGCUUUCGGAUGCGGUUGCCGUCCAAGUAA